GGGAAAGGGAGGGAGGUGGGUGGGCAGGUGGAGGGAUCCAGAUACUCAAAUCCUCCAACCAGAUGCUUACACACAUGCUCACUCCAUGGGUCCUGUGGCAAGAAGAGCUGAACAAAACUUUUUGGUUGCGUGGUUGACUUUUCCACAUCUUAGUAGAGGUAGACACAAUCUCCUACUGGCUGUGCCAGGAGCCAGGUAUUACGGGUUGCCUUUAGGACUUGGCCCUGGGGCUCUGCCUGGGGAGCUUCUGGAAGGGUCUUUCACUUGAAGGAGCCAGGGCCUACCACCUGGAGUGAGGAUGGCCUGUCCUUUCCCUGGUUGCAGCUCAUCUGAUAGCCCAAACUGAAAAAUUGAGCUUGUGAGCUCAGCUAACAACCUGAAAGGAAGCAUCCCAACCCGGCUUCUCCCAAUCUCCACAAUCACCUCACAAAGUGUGGAGACUACAGGCUUUGGCUGACCUCGAUUCCUGGGCACUUUCAGCCCUCAGCUGUGGAAGAAAUGCUGCCAACAUUUCAGAAUUGCCCGAGCGUAGGAUUUUCCAAAGCCCCAUCUUGAUGAUGUUACCCCAGGAGGGAGGAGAAAUGACUGAAAUUUCCCAAGCUCAUAAAGGUCACAAUAUGGCCUCUCCACAUAGGGAGGCAGACAGACCCAGGUGUCCAGGUUUAUAAAAGGUGCUAGCAGUGAGGGAGAGGUCAGAGUCCUUCUCUUCUUCCUCUUGCUUCAUCUCUUCAGAGAGUGCCAUGACUUGUAGAAUGUCUUGCCUAGAGCAGAGUCUGAGCGGAGUCUGCAAAUCCAGGUCCUGUGGGACCACUAGGAGAUAUGGUUACGACCUCACCUUCAGCUGGGUUUUGGCCUGCGGGCCCUGGCCUGGUCGCUGAUGCGUCACGGCCGGCCUCUGCUACCAUGGCUCACUGGGGGCUUGGCACUGGCUCCUGUGGACACAGAUUCAGCUACCACUCUGGCACCACGUGUGGGCCCAGCACUGCCGGCAUCACCAUCGUGUUGGUCAACAAGAGCCUCCUCACGCCCCUCAACCUAGAGAUUGACCCCAAUAUGCAGUGCAUAAAGCAGGAGGAGAAGAUCAAGUGCCUCAACAGCAGGUCUGCUGCCUUCAUCCACAAGUGUGAGGAAUUAAAGGCAACCGUACAGAAACACAUGAAGAGCCUGAGACCCAGCAAGGAGGAUCUGAAUGGGCUUAAUCAGGCCAUCCAGCAGCUGACUGUGGAGGUGGGCAGUGCUGAGAGUCAGCCCUAUGAACUAGAGAAAGCCAAGGACCCGCCAGCUCUGCAGAAGGAGGGUGGCUCUGGCAGCGCCAUCAGCAAGCUGGCCUGGCUGGAGGCUGCCCUGCAGCGGGCUAAGCAGGAUGUGGCGCAGCAGCUGUGCGAGUACCAGGAGCUGAUGAUCAUCAAGCGGGGCCUGGACUUUGAGAUCGCUGCUUACCACAAGCUGCUGGAGGGCUUGGUCUGGGAGUUGGGGCAGGGAGCGUCAAACGUGAGGUGUGGGAGCAUGGCUUCCAGAACCGUGACUGACCGUCCCCAGUGCAGAUGGCCUGGAUGCUGGUGCCAUCGGAUAGACGUGGCCUGUGACUGACCUGGACCAAGAACCCUGGCCCUCUGAACUGCCGCCACCCCUUCUUUCUGGGGACUUAUAUGCAAUAAAAAGUUGUGCAGUGGUCUGAGCUGCCAGGCGUUUAAACCUGGAUUCUCCAGGCUGUUUCAGGAGCGCAGACAAACCUGGCUGCGUGGAGAGGUCAGGGCAGGAAUCGUACCAGGAAGCAAGCUCCUCCCCUCCUGGUGUGAGGGUCUAUGUGACUUAAAUGUAGAGUGAUUCGAUGUUAUAGAUCCAGGGUCUUUAGGAUGGGGAGCGCAGAGUCUGAGGAGAGCCAGAGAAGUGGUUCAUUCAUGCAGAAGGGUCUAGCUUGGGUCCCACAGACAGCUUUUGGGCAGCAGGGCUGAGAAUUCCAUUCUUCAUCCAUUCAUUCACUCCACACAUACUUACUGAAUGGCCUCAUAGUGCUUGAUACAGGGAACACGAUGGCAAGGAAGACACUCUGGGACCCCUGGAGAUGAGAUUCUGGAGGGGGCAGGUGGGCCGUAGAUAAGGAAUCUGAGCAGAAACAGAAAAGGGUGGGAUGGGGACCGGGCCAGUGCCUUCUACCACCUUGAUGGGGCACUUGAGGACAGGUGGCCUUUGCAGAUGGGGAGCUGGAGGGAUAUAAGCACAAUUGGGUGGCCCAAGCCUGGUUUCUGGUUUAACACGCAAUUGGGCCACACAGUUGUGUUAAUAUGAUCUGGUGGUGGGCAGAGGAACAACACGCUACGGUGGAGGAAAGCGUGGGCUGUGGAAUCAGAGGGAGGCUCCGGUUCUGUCUCUACUUCAGAUCUAGGGUGUAAGUCCGAGUUUUUACAAGGUAUUGGACUUUGGGGGUCAGAAGGUAGACCAGUCUAGGGAAUCGCGUGGCUAGAGAAAGGCUGGAUUUCUACCUCACAGUCCAAGAGAAGCUUCUGUACAGUGAGCACACAUUCCUUUCUAUUGCAUAAAAUUACAUCAUCA